GCUUCGGAAACUCCUUGAAUAAAUCAAGCAAGAAAAUGACUUCCACAAGGAAGUCCAACAGCAUUCCCUGGCAUCACAUGACCUCCACUUCAGGCCAAUCAAUCAUCUUGAAUUCCCACCUUCCUAAACUUUUACAAAAGCAAAACCAAGAUCCCAAAGAACAAGUCCUUUCUCGUUCUUAACACCACACCAACAAGUGGCAUCAUUCUCUUGUUCCAAGCCGGCCCUCUUCACUUCCCACUCUUUCCCUCCUUUAAAACACCACACCUGAAUCCCCACUUCCCAAUCUUUCCAUGGCUCCUCCACUUCCAUGAAACCCACUUCCUCAAACCAGCUAGCUACUUAAAUAGUCCCACAUCGUCUGCAACAGCGAAGAUAUGGAUAGAUUAAUAAGCUUGGAACCAUCAAACCAAGUAUGCGUUCGGAUCGAGCCUGGUCACAAGUGCACCGGCGACCUCACGCUCCGCAACGUCAUGUACACGAUGCCGGUCGCGUUCCGAAUCCAACCCGCGAACCGGUCGCGCUACUCGGUUAAACCACAGUCCGGGAUCAUCGCCCCACUCUCUGUUCUCAAGGUCGAGAUCAUUUACACUCCAUCGUCAUCACACGAGCUGCUGCCUGACUCGUAUCCGGACUCAGAUGACCCGUUCCAGUUGUGCAGCGUUGUGGUCCCUGGCGCUGGUGUGAAGGAUAUCAACUCGGCUCUUGACUCGGUUCCCAAUGAUUGGUUCACCGCGAAGAAGAAACAGGUGUUCACUGACAGUGGGAUAAAGGUCUUCUUUGUGGGUUCGGCGGUGUUGACACGUCUCGUGUCGGAUGGUGCGAUGGAAACGGUUCGAGAGGUGUUGGAGAAGUCCGAGCCGGAGUGGCGAGCAGUGGACUCGGUUGACGCGCAUGGUGAGACACUGCUUCACUUAUCGAUCGUGAGGUCGAGACCUGAUUUGGUUCAGAUGCUGCUCGAGUUUGAGCCGAACUUGGAGAAAGCUAACCGUGCUGGACGGACUCCGAUAGAGGAAGCGGCAGCGGCCGGGGAGUCGUUGAUCGUGGAGUUACUCUUAGCUCGGCGCGCAUCCACCGAGCGCUCGUUGCAUCACGCUGUGGCGGCCGGGCACACGGAGGUUAUGAGGUUGUUGUUGUUGAAAGGGGCGGAAGUGAACGCGGUGACGAGCGAUGGGCGCACGGCGCUGCAUCUUGCCGCGUGCGAGCGGAGGUGGGAUUGCGCGCGGCUGUUGCUAGCCAGCGGUGCGCGCACGGAUGUGCGCGGUGGUGAAGAAGGUAACACACCGUUGCAUGUGGCAGCUGCGUGCGGGGACGAGAAAAUGGUGCGGGUUUUGCUCGGUAAAGGUGGUGCAGGGACGAAGGAGACACGGAACAAGCUGGGUCGCACAGCGUUUGAUGUUGCUGGGGAAGGUGGGCAUGGGAAGCUGUUUGAUAUGUUGAAACUUGGAGAUGGGUUGUGCGUUGCGGCGAGGAAAGGGGAGGCGAGAGGAGUGGUGAGGUUGGUGGAGAGAGGAGCGGCAGUGAAUGGGAGAGAUGGGAAUGGGUGGACAGCGUUGAUGAGAGCUGGGUUCAAAGGUCGGGUUGAGAUAAUGAAGUUGUUGAUGGAGAUGGGUGUGGAGAUUGAGGCGAGGGAUGAGGAGGGGUACACCGCGUUGCAUUGUGCGGUUGAGGCCGGGCAAGCCGAGGCUGUGGAGUUGCUGGUGAAGCGUGGAGCUGAGGUUGAGGCGCGCACGGCCAAAGGUGCCACGGCCAUGCAUAUCGCUGGGUCACUUGGGUAUGUUGGGAUUAUGAGGAUAUUGUCACUGGGUGGAGCGUCUAAAGAGAAGAUGAUGAUGAAGAAGGUGGUGGUUGGAGGAGGAGGAGGAGGAGGGUCAUUGAAGGAUAUGAAGAGGAAGUCUAGUGGUAAGAAGAUGAUGUUGAGAGGGAGCAGUGGUCGAGGGUUGGAUCGAUCGGCGACGUUGCCCGUGACAUGUUCUCACUGAGCAAAUCUAGUACUUCUUCCAUCGGAUCAAAUUGUUAAUUCAUUGUUCCAUUAAUUUUCAUGUUCAUUAUGA